AUGAACUUUGGAAAUCAUUAAUGUUAAAAGAUCGGUCACCAUAAAAAUCCCAUUGUAGGAGUUUGUACAAAAAAAGAAUGCUAAAAUUAAACUCCUUACUGUUUGUUAUGUAUUGAAAACCAUAGAGACCAUUUAAAUAGUUUAGUUGAAUUUGAUUCAAUAAAAGGUUAGAUGGUCUAAGGAGUGUAAAUUAUAAAGGAAAUAUAGUUUAAUAUUUAGGAAUGCCAUUAAGUCAUAAAUAUAUUAAGCAGCUUUAUUAAGCCUGCUGAAGAGUUCAUCUUAAAUAAUUUAUAAUAAUUUCAGAUUCAUAAUGUGGAUUAAUAAAUUAACUAAUUUAUAAAAUUAGGACUAGUUUAAGAGACUUUAUUACCUUAAUUGAGUGAAUUAAUAAAAUUAUUAAGGCUGAUGGGAAAAGAAUGGGAAAACUUAGAAAAAAAACAUAUAUUGAACAUAGAAAAUGAUUUCGGAUCAUAAAGUAAUAAAUAAUAGAUUAAAUUGAUAUAUAAAUAAAAUUAUGAUUAGAAGGAACCAAUUCAAACUCAAAUAAAUAAAAUUAAUUAAUUAUUAGUGAGAUUUGAAGGAAAUUAACAAUGUAGAUAUGUUGAUAUCUAACAAAAUGGAAAGUUUGUAUAGGGUCAAGGUUUAUUCUUUGGAAAUUAAAUGAUUCCAAAGACCGGAAUUACAAAAUUUGCAUUAAAAAUAUUAGAUAUUUAAACUUUUAUUAAUAUUGGUGUGGGCGAUAAGGAUAUAAUAAUUAGAUCCAAUUACACUCCUAAUUUUAAAUUUAUUGGACAUGGGUAAAUACAAUAUUUAACUUAGAGCAUACUUAAUAAGUAAUUAAGGUUACAAUUAUUCUCACUUAUCAAAAAACUAAAAUGAUGUCUAGUAAUCAUUCAUAUUUAUUAAAUACGACGUAAUAAUAAUAGAAAUUAACAUGAAUUUCAAAACUUUAUUUUGGACUAAAAAAUCAACUCUUUAAUAAUUUGUAAAUUUAUAUAUUUUACAUUAGUAUUUAGAAAUCAAUCAUGAAUAAGAUUUAUACCCUCUAAUUAUAAUACAUGGCAAAGUUGAAGUUUUAGAUAAAUUUUGA